AGCAGUCGCGACUCGCAGUCUCUCAGUGCAAACUCAGCAGAAUGGAGCCAGCCAGAAAUAUCUUGCACGUGACGGACCUAUCCGUUGAUCACUGGUAUAAGGUAAAGGAUAUUGGCAAAUAUUUGGAUUAUCAGAAAGACGAUCAAAAGAGACGUCACAGAAUUCAAGCUUGUGAAUUGAUGAUCAACGAGAAAGGCAUAUUCCUGUGGUUCAUGAGUUCUCGCAUGCCUAGGGCCAAGCCCUUCAAAAAGUGGCUCUGCGAGAACGCCGGAAUUUACGGCAAGACACCCGCUAUUGCAAACUAUUGGACGGACGAGCUCAUCCAAAAAGAUAUAGAGGAAGAAAACAAGCAUUUUCACACUGGUUUCGUGUACAUAGCAACGAGCGAAGAUUACGAGAGAAAAGAAUACUACAUAAUUCGUCGAAGUCAGCAAUAUGACUUGAGAUUGAAUGAAAUGAACUCGGUCAUGCUCGAGAACAGCAUGAAACUGAAGCCGAAAUUGAUUUGGAAAAGUUCCACGUACGAAGUGCACAAGUCAAAAUUAGAAGAGAUGUUCGAAGAGAACAGACGCGAAGGCUUCUUCAAAUUGAACGAAGAAAAAUUACAUAAAGCCAGAGUGUUCAUGGCGCAGACGGGUGCCAGAUUCUACAGCAUGGACGAUCUUCAAAACGAAGCAAACAGAGUACUGGGAGAGGCAGGAGCCGCGCAGAUACCAGACGAAGCGGAUGGCGGCAGAGCUCCAGAUCCGAUACCUGCAAUAGCAGACGAAGCUCCGGUAGAGCCGAAUCUGCCGGAAGAAGGAGUCGCCGAUUUUCACGAAGAGGCCAAUCUGCCGGAAGGAGAGCUCGCCGAAUCUCGCGCAGAAGAUUCAUAAGUAUAUUGAGUGAUCGUAGUAGUGCGAUUAUUAUAAAUUAACGAAUCGAUGCUUUAAGAAUUGUAAAUCUUUUUUUUACAAACAGCUAUCAAUAAUAAAUGAAUCAUAAGGUA